CUCCCCCAAUCCGCUGUCCUUCCAGGAAGUUGUGUAUGCGCUCAUUGGAAGAGCAUAGUACACAUUUAGCAUGAUCAGAAAAGCAUGGAGUCGGACUCGGAUUUCUAUGGUGACGAGAAUACCAUCUCAAGUCUAGAAGCCCGCGUCAAGGACUUUGACGUGAUCGCCUGGUGGGACUGUAGAACCAGUGCCCUUGAUCACUUCCAGCUUGCCUCACACAAGCCGCCUUCCCCACCCAUACCGGCCGGCUGCCCGCACGACGAUCCCGAGGAAGGCCAGCUCGGGGCGAAACGGCUUUCCGAAUCUGUUGAGGAAUUUCUCGGCCGUCUUCCUCCCGCCACCACCAACUGGCGUCCAGGGCUCGACUGGAUCAGGAUCUCCAACCCGUACGCGCCCCCGCAGCCUGACCAAGCUCUGGCCCGGUUUCGAAAGGGUGCCGAGGAGCGACUGGCGCUUUUUGCCGAGUUAAAGAGGAUGGCCACCGCAGCCAGCGCAAAAGCUGCCAAUAGGUCACUUAUGACCCUGCGAAGGGACAUUUCCGAAGAGCGGAGAGAGACGAUUGCAGACCUGCUGGAGCUCGCGGGCGCGUGUAAUGUUGUUGCGGGGAAGUGGAUGUUGUUCCCUGGUCCCGAACAUGUCAACGAGGUAUGGACCAAAGUUGCGACCGCCACAGCGAACGGCGAGCUCGGUAUUACGGCCAAAGUAGAGACGAGGGUCCGGGCAGACAAGGAGAGGUUGGUGUGCAUUUACACACGGGAUUUCAGGGACAAAGAUGAUGUUAGGAGGGUGCUGAAUCGUAUGCGUGAGCUGGAGUUAGUGAGGCCGGGCGGGAGACAGAUCUACUACAAGCCAGAUGCCUGGACUGAGCUUGGGAUCUAUGGGGGGAAUGGUUGGGGCAUCGCAGCUUCAAUGUACUCCUCCAACGAGAUAUUUGGGUACACCAAGACAGUCCCCUCGCGCUUUUCAUGACACACCGUGGGACAUCGCCCGAACAUGGUUGCUA